ACGACUACCUUGCCUCGCCCCACUUGUGCGUUGUUUCACCAGCCUUGCGUACUCAUAAACGGCGAUACGCUGGCAUAACCGACUAAGACUAGGCUCCGGCGAUACUACAAGCUCUGCACAACUAUGUUUCGACGCGAUAGCGGGCGUCAUGUCAUGAGCUUCUUGCAGCCCAAAACCAUCAAAGGAGCGUUCAAACGCCUGAAGCAUGUGGCAGGAGGGAAAACCCGGGGCGCGACAGUCCCCGGGAGCCUCGGACCGAUGAACCCGCUGGAAAUUCCCCCGUCCACUUCACAGAUCGACCGCCUCCCAGACGAGCUCCUCAUCGUGAUCUUCGACUGCGUCCAUGCAAUCUACUUUCGAGAACGAUAUCUGGGCAGUUUCUACAGAUGGUUCUGUGUCAUGCGCGUGUGCAAGCGUUGGCGCAACAUCAUGCUCUCCGUCUCCCGUUUUUGGCGCGUCGUCCCAAUAGUGGCUGACCUGACGCCGCUCCGAUGGUGUCUCUCGCUACACGGGGGCACGCCGCUCGAGAUUCGUGUCCACAACCCGUGGUUUCUCUCGGAGUCGUUGGAUUUGUUCCGGUCACACAUCUCCUCAGUGCGCGCACUCGCGCUGUACGUGGUACACAUGGAUAUCAGUUACUCCCCCAUCGACGUGAUCCUUUCCAUCGGUAUUCCCUGCCUCGAGGAGCUGAAAGUUUGCCCCGACUUUCUUGACGACCGGAUGCCUCCCCGCUCGGUGGUCAACAUGAAGCAGUAUCCUCGAUUACGGCGCUUGGACCUCCGCGGCGUCAUCUCUCCUCCGGACAUCACUACCCUCCGCGAGAUCAAGCUCGACAGGUGCUCCUGGCCCUCCUCCUUCCACGAAUUCAUCCAAACACUGGGUGGCUGCUCACAGCUAGUUGAGCUGCACGUCAAGCAAUCUCUCCACUCGCUGUCAGCCACUGCCCCACGCGAAAUUCCCGCGAAGCCACGCCGGGUGACGCUCCCCAGCCUACGCAGGCUCGACAUUGCAGAGGACUCGGCUUAUAUCAUCGCCGCGGUUAUUGCCUACCUUGACACCCCCGCCAUCGCGUCCCUGCGCCUCUUGUGCUAUAGGCUACGCCCUGGGCGCGAUGAGGAGGCACAGUUCUCUGAUUCCGAGCACCUCUUCCGAACGCUGGUGCCUGCCGAUUCUUCGAGGAUCCUCCCAACGUUCCCCCCCAAAGCCGGCCCCGUCAUCGCAAGUCUCGCCUUCAUGGAGGACCUGUGCAUCGUGCGGGUGGAGUCGAAGGCGCUCCCCGUCCCCAUAUCGGUCAACCUUCAGGCGCGGUUCGACCUCGACUGGUCGCGCGUCGUCCCCGCCGCGCUCCAGGACAUCUCCCAUCUCUUCGGCAGCACGCCAAUCACCGAGCUCGUGGUCGAAGGGAGCUCGUAUCACAUCCUGCCGUCCGUCUGGGAGGAGCUCUUUACAAGCCUACCCCUCCUGCAACGGCUCGAGCUGACCGGAAACGGCACCUGGACGGCGAUGUGGCAAGGUCUCCACCGCGCGAGCGCGUGGUCCGCGCAGCCGUGCUGUCCGCAGCUCACUCGCGUGCACAUCCGCCACACCUCGCGGCCGGAGGACAACUAUCCCGCGCCCCCGGACGACCGCGACCUGGAGAUCAUUGCAGACGCGCUGCGCGAGCGCGCGGAGGCUGACGCGAAGCUCGACGAGCUCGUGUGGGCGGUGUUCAGCUUGCACCACGCGAACUACUACGCGUCGCGCGGGCGGUUCAUGGCGCGGCUCGCGCCGUUCGUCGAGCGUGUCACGUACGAGGACCUAGGGCAGAACCGGAACUACGUUCACCUUUAUUAGAUCGCCGUUGCCCACUAAGCGGAAGUACUCACUGGCAACAUCCGCGAGGGCACGAUAUCGACCACGUCGGUGUUGGGGUGGAAAAUGUGGCGCCUUUAGGCUAGGGCAGAUGUUCCCUCUGAAUGAGGGCAGGCCGAGCUUCACGAGCUGUGCUGCUGAGCGCACGGAUGAUUAUAUGUUUCAGUAACCU